AUGACUGACACGGAAAACGGCAUGCCAUACAUCAAGCACGAACCUGACGAGAACACUUUGAACCCAAACCAUUACAUGAUGACAUCGCAAGGAUACGGAGGGGCGCCGGAGCAAUUCAACGAUCAUUUCAACCAUCAAACCAAUGAUGGGGUCGAUCCAGUGGAACUCCAGAAUGGAAACUAUGGCAUGCAGUACUCUUUUGGCUCCCAGCAGAACCUGUCCAGCUUCAAUUUUGGGAAUUCUGGGAUUGGUGACGACGAGUUGAUCGACCUCGAUCUGAACGGCCAUCAAUCCCAGUUGAGCGACUUUAAUCCCAUGCAGAACAACCAAGUCGGUGCUCAGUACCCGGAGCAGCGUCACCCUACCGGCAUAUCGCUCAGCCAUCAAGGCCAGAUGACCAAUGUCUACUCCAGCACACCAGAUGGUCCUCCUAUCCAAAGUCCUUUCCUGGGCAACUUCAACUACGAGCAGUUUCGACCGAUCAAUGGAAUGUCACCACCAAUGAACAGUCAAGCCAAUGCACAGUUUCAGCAAAAUUAUAGCAAGCGACCUAGCGUUCAAAGCAUGGACCGAAGAACAUCAGAUCAACGAAGCCCCUUGACUCCCAGGACUCCUGCAAUGGCCGCGCUACACAUUGCGACUCCUGAAUCUGGCAGCUUUGCUUCUCACCCCAUUCGAACUGGCAGUUUACAGGAUCGCCACCGCAAAACUCAAUCUGGACAGUGGGAUGCCACACCGAACAGCCUCCAUUCCCUUGUAGAUUCUCCGAUCUCAUCGCCCGGACAUCCUUCUCACCACACUAACAUAUCUGAAAUCAUCAGAUCUGGAAAACAUGCAUCUUUGCCUGCUAAGGUGGAGAAUAAUCACGGACAAGGCAUGGAGUCACUCGAUGCCAAGAAGAAGCGGAGACGAGCAUCUCACAACGCUGUUGAACGGCGGCGCAGGGACAAUAUCAACGACCGUAUUCACGAUCUGUCACACCUUGUUCCUCAACAUCGCCUCGACGAUGAUAAGAUUCGCAAGCAGAUCGUCAACAACACACCAAUGUCGCCUACCACAGGAGCUACAAGCAUCAGUCCUCCGAAUGCUGCUACAUCUCUGCUUGCGGGUGCCGCUGGCCGGCGUGCAGCCAGCACUGCGGGUAAUAUUACUCUUGGGUUGCCCAUCGAGGAGAAAGAAAAGGGACCUAACAAGGGUGAUAUCUUGAAUGGCUCCGUGAGCUGGACAAGAGACUUAAUGUGGGCUCUGUACCAUAAAUACAUGCAAGAAGAUGAGCUGCAAGAGCGUCUACGGCAGCUGAAUGUCGAAUGGCCGUUCGAGAGCACGGAAGAUGAGAGGCGUAUGCGCUCAGAAUUGAUCGAUGCAAUGGAGAAAAAUGAUCCCAGCUCCUUCACGUACACCCGGACGAACGGCAGUGGCUUGCGUGUUCCAAUGCAUACCAACAUGGCUGGCGAAGCUCUGCAGCCCACUGGAACACUCAGCCCGCAGAGCCUGAGUCCUCCAUUUCACAGUGAAGGCAGCGGCACUAACAGUGGCAAUGGCCUGCCUGGACAACCACAGUUCUGGAACAACGCAGGACAUGCUAGGAUCAGCUUCAAAGAAGAGGACGAGUACUCGAUGGAAAUGAAUUAA